GGUAACACUCGUUGAGCUAUUAUUUGUAAUAGCCAAGUCGCUUCGAAAAAAAGAGCUACAUAUAUAGUUCAGCGGGCCUUACCGCGUCAAAUAAAAACAAGCUAGGGUAGGCUCUACAAUGUACGUGUUGUUGUUGGUCUUGCGUGCAUUCGGUUGCGUGAAGGGACAUCCCUUGCUGCCCCGAAAAUUGACGCACUCCCUGCCGGACAAGUUCAGAAGCCUCUACCCUUGACCGCUCCUGCACAAUUGGUGCAUUGUUACCGAUUAGAAUUGGCCCCGUGUUCAAAAGAGACACUGCAAAGGCCACGUGCAACAAACUCCACAGGGGAUGCAUUUUUGUUCCGCUUCUGUGCUUUCAGCUGUGCUACAAUUGCACGUGGGUAAAAUCGCCGGCAAUUGAAAAUGCACGCAAACGAGCCAUUUCGCUUCAAAUGAAAUAUUGCAAAUGAAAACCGUUACCACGAUCAACUUACGAGUGCUGUGCCAAUUAUUGACGUAGUUUGGAUCUAAUUAGGAAACUGAUCACGUUGGGUGCCAUGUCGGAUACUGAGCUAAAUUAAUUUGACUUUUUUUCGUUGGUACUAUGAGCUGGCUGCUAAAUCGUAUAAGGAUGUAGUUGUUCAUAAUUGUACAGCCGGUCUGUCAAUCCAUUGCUGGACGAAGGCCUCCCCACAUCGUGCUGUUUGACCAUAAUCCACCAUGCUGGUAAGUGUGGGGAGCAUAGACGUACAGUACAACCAUGGAUGUUUUUGUCUGCACUGUCCUCUGCGGAUAACAUAGCCCCCGCAGCAGGCUACAGCUCCUGUUCUGUGCAUGAAUAUCGCCCAUUCGAGCACUAUCCUGGCUCAAACCCUGCUUUAGCUUCUGAGAUGUAACAAAAUAAGGAACGCAUUGUCUAUACUUUGGUCCUUUAGACCUUUAAUAACCACCUGUAAACAAAAACAAAGCGCAGGAUUUUAUUUUUUGAAAUAGCCGUCCGAUUCUAGAAUAUCCUCAUCUCCCAUCGGCACUGGGGGAGGAGGGGCGAUGCUAUUUCACGUCGUCUGUUUUUUUACACCCGAGCCAAUAUUCACGACGUUGUAGCCCGGUUGCUUGCGCUGGCGUUGGAAAACCAUCCAAGCCCCCAGCCCCCGGCCAGCCUGCUGCGUUGCGACCCGUGUACUCAUCCGCCGCAAGCACUCACCACGCUCCGCGUGUCGGUGGAGGGGAACCCCCGGGUGGGUGGGUGGUGAGUGGUGGGGGGUGGAUGCGAGAGGCCAUCGGUCCGUCCUUGCUGUGCCGCUCACCGGCGUCGUUUGCUCGUCGACGCGUCGCGAAAGGCGCCCGUGAUGAGUGCGAAUAAAUCAUGCGCCACGGCUGUUCACCGCAUGUUGUCUGGCACGGUGUCUGACGUUUCGGCGUGGAAGCUUCGACGGGGACUUUGUUGAUCUGACUCCGCGUACAAUUACGUUACUGUAUUUUGCUUUACCCCCCCUCGGUAGCCAGUGGAUGUGUUUUUGCUUGGUAUUGUGAAUCCGCAGUGAAACCCGAAUAGAGAACAGGCUGCUCUUACAGGGCGAUGAAAACAAUGCGCGCGGCAGGGUCUUUCAUCUCGAGGAAGCUUCCUAGGCAACACCGCAUUUCUUAGAGGGUGCAAUGCAACAAAUAUUACUAUUUGCGCGUGCGUUAUUUUUGCACUCAUAAGUCAAACGGAAUUGCACCGUGUUAUAAGAAGCGCUGCAGGUUUCUCGAGACGCUUUUCAACAUCGACAGUUGGCAAUUUUACGAUGUUUUUUUAGUGACCAACUUAAAUCUCCAAAAGGUACCUCCAUGCAGAAGUGAGGUCCAAGGCCGUACCGAGGGUUGCCAAUUACAUCGCUGCGGAUUCACGCUGAGCGAUGCUUGGGAGUAUUCAAUUGAACGUCAUCUGCAUUCUGAAUUCCGUUAACAUACGAUGCCAAUUACAAGGAAAGUGCAGCAAUCAAAACGCGAACUAUAUACCGACACGAACCCGACAAUCGUGCUUUGUUUGAUGCAGAAGCGUAUGUUAUGCUUACUGCUCUCUACCAAUAAUGACUGCGGAGGCUAAUUUAGCAUUGGGUUUAGCAGCACGUAAAAUACAGCGCCAAAUCGCACUGAUGGAAAGGGGAGGGUGAAGGCUGUUGUACUCUCUCGAAUCAAAGAGAAAGUGUGUAAAUAAGCGAGUGAGAAAAUAUAAUUACAGCUGCAUACAGACGGCAAAUGAUGAGACCACAUUGCUUAAAUUAUAUAGAUCCUAAUACAUAAAUUAUAAGUGGUUUCAAUUGGAAAUGAAAUAAACAACUACGUUUUGCAAUAUUCAAUUUUACAAUAGAAUAAAAAUACGAAUGAAUACUACAAGCUGAUCAAAUAUGAAUAUGCAAUGGUGAUGUCUAGAGUUACAACAAUGGAAAACCGCAUACGGCACCGGUGGCAGCAUGGGCAAAACCAAGCACCACGAGUCGAGUGGGCACGUGGUGUGACUUUGUCGGGAAAAAUGGCGUCUUUCAAGCCAAACAAUUUACAGGGCAGCACUAAAUAUUGCGUCUAUGGUAGCUCACGUAGCUGCUCUUGCUCGGUAUAGCCGUGGGAUAUAAGUGGAUUUAUUUCCAAUAUUGUUUUAUAGGUUUUUUUUUGUUUGUUGUUGCCGGGAUAUGUCUCCACACAAGUAGUCCUUCACAUCUCGUUCAGUCCCCAUUGCGCGACACAGACGUGUUUGAUUCAUACAAGUACUCCAGCAUGAUCCUCUCUUGGACACGACAGAUUGUUCUGCCAGUGGAUUUCUUCAGUUGGCGGUGUUCCUGUGGCAUAUUACGCGACGUGAAGUUUCAAUUUAUUUUUUUUCACCCUGCAGAUGUACGCGCCUGCGGGUCGGACAGCGGUGCAGCUUGGCACGAAGUCCGACGUUUCGCUCCACCUGCCCGGGAGCUUCUUCAAUUUCCUGAAUAAUUCAGUUCCCGAUGCUCUCGGCGCGGGGGGCGAAACGUCGGACAUUCCUCCGAAUUAAACGCGGUUCAAUCUGCAAACAAAUUGGGGGGCUGUGCGGUAGGUUUUGUUUACCGCCCUGUCCGACACCGGCUUGAACUGAGUUACCUUCAGUACAGAGGAUCUUGAAGGGCUCGGGGCGCCACGGUGCCGUGAUGUUACUGUAACUUCCUCGCUUGGUGUUCAGGAGGUCGGAGGUUCGAUCCCCAUCCCAACCAUGAUGCCUGCUGUAUAUUGAGAGUUUGCGCGUCUCUUUACCCGUGGUCGCGUCGAUUUUUUUUCUCCGGGUCCUCCGUUUUUUUCCCUCCACGUGUAGAAACGUGCAAUAAGAAUAUUGGGCUGCUGUAUGUGGUAAGGUCGCUUCCUAAAAAUAUUACAUUCAGGAACAUUCAUUUUGAUUAUGUCGGUUAUUUGGCUGCUAUACAGUUCCACAUGAUAGGUUGCUUAGUUGAGCUAUCAUUUGUGGCCAGGUCGCUUCUGAAAAAGAAGCUAAAUAUAUAUUAUUUUAGUGAUGAGCUUAACUUUCCUUCCCUUAGCACUCCUGAUUGUGCUUUUUGUUGUUGUAACUUUCUGAGCCGCUCCUACUUGUCAUCUGUGAAGAAGCGCUUCAUAGCUCGUCGGAUUCUUCCCGUCGACAAGCGGUGAGAACGGGGUGCGGAGGGGUGGGGGUCACGAUGCAUGGUGGUGCCAGGCGAGGUGAAACAUGCACUCCACCAGUUCCAUUCUCCAACUGUCGGCGACACUUCAAGCAGCUCCCUCAAUGGCCAUCAGUCACGUCGCCUCCACUCGAUAAGAAGCUCACUGCGUUACGAAGCCACAAAGCCAUCACUGGGAAUUGCAGGCAGCGUGUUGCAUGCUGGAGGAAUUGCACUUCAUAAAUGUAAAUGAUUAUUAUCCGGGUCCGACUAAGUGCUACUUGAAGCUUGUCUUUUCGCUUAAAGAGGACUUUAUUGAAAUGGUCAACAGCGCGUGUUGUUCUCUACGCAUGUUGAACUUCUUUCGCACCGUACGUAGCCAACCGUGCUAAUUAGGAGGGUAUUACAAGAAGCUAAACACAAAAUUCAGCUCUAAUAGAAGUGAGUUGACAAGCUGCAGGGUCUGAUUCGACUCGAGCGGCAUCUCUUUGUUAAACCACCACUGUAGUCCCCCUCCCCUCGUCCUGUGUUCAGGGGUGGUCCAAAUGACUUGUGACCGACCUUUUCAUUUCCUGAAAGUUAACAUUUUUGUAAGUACAUUUUUACUGAAAAUUGGGUGGGGGGGCGGGGGGGGGGGGGUGUCACAGGACAUUUGGACCACGCUGUGCAGUGCAAUUGGCAAGUUGGUCUCGGCCACCCCCGGCUCCUGGGGUCAGGCCGACCCAGCACAAGCAACGUGGCGUGGCCAGUCGCAGACCCGGGUCCCGGUGCUGGUCCUGGAGCUGGUCCCGGUCACAGUGCCAGUCCCAGUGACAGUCUGUGACAGUCUGUGACAAUCUGUGACAGUCUGUGACAAUUCUGUAACAAUCUGUGAUAAUCUGUGACAAUCUGUGACAAUAUGUGACAGUCUGUGACAAUUCUGUAACAAUCUGUGACAGUCUGAGACAGUCUGUGACAGUCUGUGACAAUUCUGUAACAAUCUGUGACAGUCUGAGACAAUCUGUGACAGUCUGUGACAAUCUGUGACAGUCUGUGACCAGUCUGUAACAGUCUGUGACAAUCUGUGACAAUCUGCGACAGUCUGUGACAGUCUGUGACAAUCUGUGAUAUCUGUGACAGUAUGUGACAAUCUGUGACAAUAUGUGACAGUCUGUAACAAUCUGUAACAAUCUGCGACAGUCUGUGACAAUCUGCGACAGUCUGUGACAGUCUGUGACAAUCUGUGACCGUCUGUGACAGUCUGUGAUAAUCUGUCACAGUCUGUGACAGUCUGUGACAAUCUGUGACAAUCUGUAACAAUCUGUGACAGUCUAUGACAGUCUGUGAUAAUUUGUGACAGUCUGUAACAGUCUGUGACAGUCUGUGACAGUCUGUGAUAGUCUGUGACAGUCUGUGACAGUCUGUGGCAAUCUAUAACAGUCUGUGACAGUCUGUGACAAUCUGUGACAGUCUGUGACAAUCUAUAACAGUCUGUGACAGUCUGUGACAGUCUGUAACAAUCUAUAACAGUCUGUGACAGUUGUGAUAAUCUGUGACAGUCUGUGACUGUCUGUGACAGUCUGUAACAAUCUAUAACAGUCUGUGACAGUCUGUGAUAAUCUGUGACAGUCUGUGACAGUCUGUAACAAUCUAUACCAGUUAAUGACAGUCUGUGGCAGUCUGUGACAAUCUGACAGUCUGUGACAGUCUCUAACAAUCUAUAACAGUCUGUGACAGUCUGUGACAAUCUAUAACAGUCUGUGACAGUCUGUGACAGUUUGUGACAGUCUGUAACUAUAACCGUCUGUGACAGUCUGUGACAAUCUGUGACAGGCUGUGACAGUCUGUGACAGUCUGUGACAGUCUGUGAUAAUCUGUGACAGUCUGUGACAAUCUGUGACAGUCUGUGACAGUCUGUAACAAUCUAUAACAGUCUUGUGACAGUCUGUGACAAUCUGUGACAAUCUGUGACAAUGUGAUAGUCUGUGAUAAUCUGUGACAGUCUGUGACAGUCUGUGAUAAUCUGUGACAGUCUGUGACAGUCUGUGACAAUCUGUGACAGUCUAUAAUAGUCUGUGACAGUCUGUGACAAUCUGACAGUCUGCGACAGUCUGUAACAAUCUGUGACAGUCUGUAGCAAUCUAUAACAGUCUGUGACAGUCUGUGACAAUCUGUAACAAUCUAUAACAGUCUGUGACAGUCUGUAACAAUUUAUAACAGUCUGUGACAGUCUGUGACAAUCUAUAACAGUCUGUGAGAGUCUGUGACAGUCUGUAACAAUCUAUAACAGUCUGUCACAAUCUGUAACAAUCUGUGACAAUCUGUGAGAAUCUGCAAAAAAAAAAGAACCAGCAGCAAUGUGCUGCUGGCAAGCACGUGAUCUGCAGGAGGAGCACCUCUGCCGUUUGGCAGACCGUCAAGACAUUGCGAGUCUCCAUGACAACUCUCCGACCUCUUCCACCACUCCCAGGCUUCUCGCCGCCGUUAUUUCAGAAUGUGCAAAGCAAUCGUGACGGAUGUCUUGCCGGGCUACUCCACGGCGGGAGGUUGGGGAAGUGGAGAGGCAGGCGAUGCCUCGACUCCAUUGCCACCGCUUCCACGAGGGCGACACCCACGCGGCGUCUUCACUGCCACCUUGGAUUGGUCGAAGGACCUUAACGUUCAACUGUGACGUCACCCUUGCAUGCCACGCGGAAGAAGAAUGCGUCCGUGAUUGCAGUGGCUGCCAAUUGGAGGCGCCCCACCGAUUGCGUCUGAGAAGGAGAGCUUUCAUUCUUGAUUUGAAGCUUCCGUGGCUGCAGGAAUCCAUACUCUUUGGUUUCUUUCGGUAAAGUCACGUAGGUAUAAAUAUAUUUUUUAAAAUUAUUACUAGAGAGCUUUCAUGUCCACAUCUCUGGGCACGGUCACCCGGGCAGCAUGGAGAUUGAAAAACAUGGCUCUGCAACACGCUGGGCUAAGGGGUGGCAGCCUAGGACGUGUUUUUGAAACCGCAUGAGAGAAAGCGAGCGGCUCCAAUUUGCAUUUUUCCCAAUUAAUGCUCACAGCUUUGGUCAUUGUAUGGUUCACUCUGUUCUCCCCCUCACCUCACCAUUCAUUACGGAAGAGUUUUUUGCAGAGAUCUGCUGGGUUUUUUUUCCCCCCAGACUUCUCGUUAGAGGGAGCAGUUAGUCUCACACCGGCACAAUAAUGAGCAAGGAAUGUCAGUGGGAACUUUCUGUCCUCAGAUAAAAUGUUAUGAUUCUGACAAGGAAAGGUUCUAGACAAUAAUAAUGAUUUUUAAAAAACACACAACUAUCUGUAGCGCCGUCAAAUAGGCGAGCCACUGCUAGAGCACUGAACAAAUAGGCGUACACGGUAAACAUGGAUCCUUCGCUCUGAAGGGAACAGUUUUUUCGUCUUCUGUUUGCGGAGGUGGUAGAAUAUCAGCAGCGUUUGUGUCGCACGGCGCUCAGAAACGGCCUCGUGUACAGCAGCGAGACUUACACGCAACGAAGGGGGGGAAGAGUGGGGGCACGUGGUGGUAUCGGAGCGAUAAUGUCUCUCCAGUCCGUCCCUUCCUCCAUUGGCUGAUUGUGGCCGCUGAAAGGAGGGAAGGUGGGUGGGUGGGGACCUCAUUGUGACGGUUCAUUGAAUGCGUCGGCUACGGCACGCGGUUGAGGUCACAUAUUCUUCUCCGGUAACCUGGAGGGUGCUCCUUGUGUUCGCUCCGGCUGAGUCGAUGGAAGUCAGUGAGGAACACAAGUGGCACCGCCGUCGUCGCAUGCGCAGGAUGCCGACAACCUCAGGAGUCUUUUUUUUUCUGGGUUUUCUGAGGUUGUGUUCAAAAGUUGGUGAACGUGCCAACGUCCGGUUCUGUCAAAUCCCGGUGUGAUGCAUGCGACGCGUAAAAGGCGCAGCCCUGCAGUUGCCCGCUCGUGCUCCCGCUGGAGGAAGGGCUUCCCACGACGGGAGCGUUUGAGAGUCCCACUCGGGCAGUGGUUCUUAAUCUUUACUGCAGCUUGUUACCCCUUUGUUCUCAUAGUAAAAAUAUAUAUACUGUUAAUAAAUACAUACAUAGGGUUUGAUUAAACAAAGUAGUUGUGCUUACGUUCCUGUACUUAAUUUGUGUUUCGAUUAUUUGCCUUCUAAUAAAAUGUGGCCAUGUCUCGCGCCCCCAGAAAGGGCAUCUCGCAGUCCCAGGGGAUGCAGCGUGAUGCACCCCUAGAUUAAGAAGAUCCACUGCUCUAGAGAGGACAUGUGGCAGUGUGAAAAGAAAACAGUUAAUUUACGACUUGAUAGUAGACUGAAUGCAUCCGGUUGAAAAUCCGAAUGGGAUUUUUUUGAAUGGACAUUACAAUUCCGGAGUGUUUCUUAAACACAAAAUCACCGUCAGAAAAAACGUUGUUUGGAUUGCAGAUUUUUUUUUUUACAAAUCUCCACAUUUCAUUGACAAACACUGUUGAUGGGACUUUGGGCGAUGUCAAUGUUUAAACAAUUUGUCCGAAAUUUUAGCUGCAUCUUACACAUUUUAAAUCGAGUCACGCUUACGUCCUCUUGCAUGUAGGAUGGGAAUCGGGCUGCUGUUAGGCAUGCAUUAAAUUAAAUGGUGUUGGCUUGACAUAUUUCCACCACAGGCCCAGGGCUGGCCACUGGAGAUGAUUGCUGCCCCGGUGUUUGCUUGAGCGUUGGAGACACCGGGAGCUUAUUUUUCCAAGUGGUUCUUGGUCUAAACAAAUCAUUUAUUAUUUGGCCACAGAGCCUCUGACAGCCCUAUUAUAUUUUGCUGAAAUAUAAACACAUUAAUGUAAACCUAUACCCUCGAGAUGAUAGUGCUCAAAUGUCUGAAUUAUGCUCCUGACCUUGCGAGUUUUCAUUUUGUCAUUUGAUCACUGGUUAAAAUGUAUGUAAUUCAGGACGGAUAGGAAUUAAACUGCACAUACUGCUAAAUGAGGUGGCUAGUUGAGAUCUCGUUAGACUGUGAUGCAUUGUUUUUUUUUUAAAGCAGUUGGAUGGCAGGCUUCCAGGCAUAUUUAUAUAACGUGUAGUGUGGAAUUGGAUUACACUGCAUGUGUCAAGAUGAUGUGAUUUGUGAGGCUCGUUCCACCAUCCAUGUGCUUGUGUAUUUUGUGACACACUGCUGCUAUUUGACACUGUUAUAUUCGGAGCUCGUGGCUCUUGUCUACAGAAUGGGGCACCAAAACUCUCUGCAUGGCGCUAAAAAACUCACGUUUGACAUUUUACGGAUCGUUAAGUGUGGGGCUGGUUUUCUUCGAAAGUUAACUAUUAAUAUAGAUCUUGCAUUUUAUACAACUGCAUUCCACUUUAAAAAAAUGCUCUUACAAUUACUGGUACAAUCGAUGGACCAGAAAUUAAAAUCAUACCAUUGCCUUCCUGGUGUGUAACCAACUCCCCCCCCCCCCCCCCCCCCCCCCCAAUAAUAACCGAUUACUAAUAACAUUGAUUAACGACCGUACAGUUCAAUGUACGCAAUCAGUCUAAAUGUGACCGCAUCUCAAAGCGCCGUGAUUGUUUCAGCUGUAGUGCUCGGACCUUGAGAGAGAGGAUGGUGGGGGGGGGGAGAGGAGCAAUAGAUAGCAGGUUCUGUUAAAGAGAGGGCAGUAGAAGCGCGAGGUUGAUUAUAGAGGUCCGUAAAAAGGAAGAAAUAAAAAAAACACCCGCGCGCCUGAAUGGAUUAAUUACUGAAAUUAGUUGCGUUACCUGUGAAGGCUUUGUCCACGACACCUCCAUUGUGCGCUGCUUGACAGCGAGGGGCAAUCUCGCGGGCCGUGGUGUCACACGCCAAAUUGUUUUUUUUCCACGGCGGUUUUUGCCGUCAUCGUGGAUUUUUUUUCGCGUCGCCAAUUUUAAAAUCCCUCAUUCGAGUGUAAUGAGCGGUGUGAUGGUCAGUCUCUGCACCGUCAUUUGUCGCGGUACUCUGGGGUAGAGCGAUGGGAGCGGGCGGGGGGGGGGGGGUUUGUCACGGGGUCCGAGGGGUCAGAGCCAAGUGUCAAUAUUCGUUCGCGAGUCACGUUUCAGGUGUAACAUUAAUGCUCCCGUUGGUGCGAUGGCGGCUUGCGCCAUCGCUGUCCGCCAUUGUUUUUGGCUUUUAAAAACCCAAACAUCGACAGUUAUCAGCGCGUUCAAACGGACAAACGCGGCAGCAGUCGCCGCCAUGGAUGAGCCGGGAGUGAAAAUCCCGCAUUCCCAUGGUCAUGGCACUUUCGUCGUUUAUAGGAAGCGUGCUUUUACGACAAAGUAAAGUACUGCAUUUAUUGGGGAGGCUGCCACUGUGGUGUAACGGGUAGGGCCACUGGAUUUGUGAUCCAGAGGUCGCCGGUUCGCUCUCCUUCCACCGCUGAAUCGAGGCCUUCCAGUACCGCGUCAAGUCAAGUGGAUGGUUUGACCGUGACCUGAACCACGCUGGUUUGUGUGCCUUGUUGAAGCGGGUUCAGGAUUGAUGCAGAUGGAAAUUUGCCACUCAUUUGCGUACUUACAGAGUGCAGUAUGUAUGCUGAACUUCUUUCGCGCCGUACGUAGCCAACCGUGCUAAUCGGAGAUUCGAAGCAGUUGGUCCACCCAGGUGCGACGGAGUUGGUCGACCCAGGUACGACACAGAUGGUCCACCCACGUAUGACGCAGUUUGUCCACCCAGGUGUGACGAAGUUGGUCCACCCAUGUGUGACACAGUUGGUCCACCCAGGUGUGACGCAGUUCCACCCAGGUGUGACGCAGUUGGUCAGUCCAGGUGUGACGCAGUUGUUCCACCCAUGUGUGACACAGUUGUUCCACCCAGGUGUGACACAGUUGGUCCACGCAGGUGUGACGCAGUUGGUCCACGCAGGUGUGACGCAGUUGGUCCACGCAGGUGUGACGGAGUUGGUCAGUCCAGAUGUGACACAGUUGGUCCACGCAGGUGUGACGCAGUUAGUCCACGCAAGUGUGACGCAGUUGGUCCACCCAUGUGUGACGCAGUUGGUCCACGCAGGUGUGACGCAGUUAGUCCACGCAAGUGUGACGCAGUUGGUCCACCCAGGUGUGACGCAGUUGGUCCACCCAGGUGUGACGCAGUUGGUCCACCCAUGUGUGACGCAGUUGGUCCACGCAGGUGUGACGCAGUUGGUCCACGCAGGUGUGAUGCAGUUGCUCCACCCAUGUGUGACGCAGUUGGUCCACCCAGGUGUGACGCAGUUGGUCCACCCAGGUGUGACGCAGUUUCUCCACCCAGGUGUGAUGCAGUUGGUCCACCCAGGUGUGACGCAGUUGGUCAGUCCAGGUGUGACGCAGUUGGUCCACCCAGGUGUGACGCAGUUGCUCCACCCAGUUAUGACGCAGUUGGUCCACGUAGGUGUGACGCAGUUGCUCCACCCAGGUGUGAUGCAGUUGGUCCACCCAGGUGUGACGCAGUUGGUCCACGCAGGUGUGACGCAGUUGGUCCACCCAGGUGUGACGCAGUUGCUUCAUCCAGUUAUGACACAGUUGGUCCACCCAGGUGUGAUGCAGUUGGUCCACGCAGGUGUGACGCAGUUGGUCCACCCAGGUGUGACGCAGUUGGUCCACGCAGGUGUGACGCAGUUGGUCCACCCAGGUGUGACGCAGUUGCUUCACCCAGUUAUGACGCAGUUGCCCCACCCAGGUGUGACGCAGUUGCUCCACCCAGUUAUGACGCAGUUGGUCCACGUAGGUGUGACGCAGUUGGUCCACCCAGUUAUGACGCAGUUGGUCCACCCAGGUGUGACGCAGUUGCUUUCACCCAGUUAUGACGCAGUUGCCCCACCCAGGUGUGACGCAGUUGCUCCACCCAGUUAUGACGCAGUUGCUCCACCCAGGUGUAACCCAGUUGCUCUCCACCCAGUUAUGACGCAGUUGGUCCACAUAGGUGUGACGCAGUUGCCCCACCCAGGUGUGACGCAGUUUCUCCACCCAGUCAUGACGCAGUUGGUCCACGUAGGUGUGACGCAGUUGCCCCACCCAGGUGUGACGCAGUUGCCCCACCCAGGUGUGACGCAGUUGCUCCACCCGGCCUCUGCUGAGCCGCGACGAAGCGUGCUCGGCUCCUUCUUUGGUUGCCAUUCCGAGCGGGAGGCUGAAUUUUUGUCAGCGUUCGCUCCAUGGCCGUGGCGACGGUGCCGGUCGCGCUGGGCACCAAACGUGGGGUACCGCCUCAAGGUCUCCACCUUCUCCGCAUCUAAGAGUGCCUUCGUUUGGCUACUCGAGUCUAUGGAGUACACCGGGGAACUCUUAGGAACCCCGAACGCGCAUUAAUUUGACUCUCUGACAGUCAGGCGUUUAACUAAAUCUGAGCGUGAGUAAAUAAUUAUAUUGUCCCUUAAAUACGUAAUUGUACAGUCAACAGAUGUUGUCAUUAUUUUAAUCUGCAGAGAAUUCUAUACUUUUUUCUUCACAAAUUAGCAUCCUGUGCACACCGCACACCGCUAAACAUCUACAUAUGCAGCAAGUCUCAUUAAUAUUGCAUUGCGCUCAUAUGAAAAGUAAUGACAAUGCUAUGCUUUGGCGAGUUCAUUAAUAUUCAUGCGGCUGUACCAACUGCACAGCUCUCCGCCGAGCGUUCGGGCCAUGCCACGCGCAUGCUGCUCGACAUGAUGUCCGACGUUUCGCUCCACGCACAAAUGUUCAUUCAGGUUGGAUACACCCGGUGCAAAAAAAAAAUAUCCCAUUCACCGUUCAUUAUGCUUCUAUCGCCAUUUCACCCAAACACCUCCUUCCUCAAAGAUGAACGGUUCGGCGUGAGCCUUUCAAAGCGGCUCGGUCGAGUAUCUUAAAUGCGCCUCCGGUUAGCAGGCGUGUCUACGUACGGUGCGAAAGAAGUUGGACGUACAGUAGAAGCCCUCUUAACGACGGUAAUAGGUUCCGCGAAUUCGGUCGUUAAGUGAUUUGGGUCGUUAAGCGAGUCUAGGAAAUGCACGCUAAAGGCUUCAUUCGUUCCGAUAGCAUCGAAAGUUACCCCUUUUUAACCAACAAAAACGUACUUUAUAAUAUUUAAACAAUAGAUAUUAAUACAUAAAUAUACUAACAACAGUAUACACACAAUAAAAAACAUGGUUAAUCAAUACAUUAAUGAAUAUGUACUGUACCUACAACAGCACGUCGUUAACAGGGGAAUGGUCGGUCAGCGAACAGAUUGGGCUCUUUUGAGGCACUACACCGCUAUACACUACACACUACACUACUGUACUACUAUACACUACACUAUACACUACUACACACUACACUACUAUACACUACACUAUACACUACACACUACACUAUACACUACAC